AUGACAACCCACGUCAAAUCUUCCUCCCCCUUACCUUGUUUCCGUUCAUCCACCACCUCCGCCGUCUCCGGCGACCACCGCUCCGCCGCCGCCGCCCAUAACCUCUCAACAUCCGUUUACAAAACCUCUAAUGGUCUCUUCGCCCUCACCUGGUGUCGCAAUCUCCUCCGCCGUUCUUUCCAUCUCUAUAUCCUCCUAGACGCAGACGCCGGCGAUCUAUCAUCUUCUUCUUCUCCAUCUUUCUCACUUAAUCUCAAACCAUUCAUUUUCUGGAACAGAACUGGAUCCAGAAAGUUGAAUCUGAAUCUGAAUCUACCCAAUUCCAGUUCCAAAUCCAAAUGGGUUCAGAUCUUUUGGGAUUUUUCUAAGGUUAAAUUCGGUUUACAGCCUGAACCCGAUUCAGGAUUCUACAUCGCCGUUGUUGUAGAUGGGUCAAUGGUUCUUCUCGCCGGAGACUCGCCGGCGGAAGCUUUUUCAAAGACUAAGUCAACUAAGUCAAUUAAGUCACAAUCGGUUGUUCUUCGAAGGGAGCAUUUCAAUGGGAAUAAAUUAUACAAAACAAAAGCCCAAUUUGGAAAUAGAAUUCGAGAAAUCUCUGUACUUUGUAGAACAGGAGAUGAUUCGAGAUUGUAUUUUAGUGUGGAUGAUAAAAGGGUGUUGCAAAUCAAGCAUUUGAAGUGGAAAUUCAGGGGAAAUGAGAGAAUUGAAAUUGAUGGUGUUUAUGUUCAGAUCUCUUGGGAUGUUUAUAAUUGGUUGUUUGAAGAAGAUAAUGAAGAUGGGUAUGGUCUUUUCAUGUUUAGUUGA